AUGGACAAGACCUGCGACCUGCGGUGCAGGACGGUGGCCAGCCCCGUGGGGCCCAUCGAGGUGUCCGCGUGCACGCAGGGCCUGCACGGCAUCAGGCUGCUCGGCAAGAAGACGCCCGAGGCCGGCCCCACGGAGGCCCCCGCCGCUGAGCCGCCCGGCAGCCCGACAGGACCGGCGGAGCCCCUGACGCAGUGCGCGGCCUGGCUGGGCGCCUACUUCGAGCAGCCCGCGGCCCUCCCGGACCUCCCCGUGCCGGCCCUGCACCACCCCGUCUUCCUGCAAGACUCGUUCACCAGGCAGGUGCUGUGGAAGCUGCUGAAGGCUGUGAAGUUCGGAGAGGUGGUUUCUUACCAGCAGCUGGCGGCCCUGGCGGGCAGCCCCAGGGCCGCGCGGGCCGUGGGCGGAGCCAUGAGAAGCAACCCCGUCCCCAUCCUCAUCCCGUGCCACCGAGUGGUCUGCAGCAGCGGAGCCCUGGGCAACUACGGCGGGGGCCUGGCCGUGAAGGAGUGGCUUCUGGCGCACGAAGGCAGCCUGGCAGGGGUGCAGCCCGUGCGGGGGCUCCCGGCCGGCCGGGGCCUGUCGCGGGCCCCGUCGCGGGCCCCGUCGCGGGCCCCAGGGCGUACCGGCAGCUCCCGGCCCACCAGCCAACCCUGA